AUGAAUAGCGUUGGGACCCCGUUCGGGCAACCUGCGCAAUGGCAGGAGCAUCGGACCGAGGAUGGUCGACUCUACUAUUACAAUGCUGCCACCAAGGUCACCCAGUGGACCAAGCCCGAGGAUAUGAUGACGGCUGCCGAGCGCGCUCUGGCGAACCAGCCAUGGAAGGAAUACACGGCUGAGGGUGGCCGCAAGUACUGGUACAACACUGAGACGAAGCAGAGCUCGUGGGAGAUGCCCGAGGCCUACAAGCAAGCCUCUGGCGCCACCGACACCUCCGCGCCCCCGGCUGCCGCUCCUUACAACGGCGGAGAUCGAUACAGUGGAGGAGGCGACAGGUACAACGGUGGUGGAGACAGACACAACGGCGGAGACAGACACAACGGUGGAGACAGAUACGCAGGUCACGACCGCUACCGCGACGACCGAGACGCUCUCCCUGAGUCGCGCCAGCUGACCUACAACAGCGACCCUGCUGCCAAGGCCUUCGUCCCCGCCAGCAACGACCCCGACUACGCCACUUUUGAGGAGGCUGAAGCCGCCUUCCUCAAGCUGCUGAAGCGCAGCGGUGUCCAGCCCGACUGGAACUGGGAGCAGACGCUGCGAACAAUCGCCAAGGAUCCCCAAUACCGCGCCAUCAAGGAUCCCAAGGAUCGCAAGGCCGCAUUCGAGAAGUACUGCCAUGACAUGAUUGUGCACGACAAGGAGCGUGCCAAGGAGAGGCUGACCAAGCUGCGUGCCGAUUUCGAGACUAUGCUGAAGAGGCACCCCGAGAUCAAGCACUACACCGCUGGAAGACGGCGCGGCCCAUGA